AUGACUCUCCUUUUAUAUGCUAAGGAGGAAUCAUCUAGACCUCUCAUUAGUGCUCUCCCAAUAAAUGAAAUUCAGCUGUUUUCGUUGCUCAGUGAGAAGUAUUCAGAGAAUGGAUAUAAAUCAAAUGAGUUUAAAGCUGGAGGAUACAAAUGCUUAUUUUCUGUUCACAGUGGAUACCAGGAACUAGGGAAUCAGGAUGCUUUUACAAAGAAGACAUGCAUUCAUGGGGCAAUACGUAGUGUGGGUUUCGAUAAACUUAUCCCUCUAGAAGAAUUUACUGAUGUUUCCAAUGGAUUUCUAGUCGACGACACAUGUGUGUUUGGAGCUGAGGUCUUUGUUUGUAAAGAAAGAAGAACAGGCAAAUGGCAGUGCCUAACAAGGGUGAAGGGAGCGCCUGUCUACAGAUAUGUUUGCAAGGUUGAGAAAAUAUCAAAGCUAGGUGCUGAAGUUUGUCGCUCAGAACCGUUCUCUGCUGGGGGAUGUAAUUGGAAGAUAAAGCUUUAUCCUGAUGGAAAUGGCCAAGCCAAGGGUAGUCAUGUUUCUCUGUUUUUGGAAUGUGUUGGCUCUGAAGUACUUGUGGAAUUUAAAUUAGGCAUCCUAGAUCAAAUUCAUCAAAAGCGUCAUCAUGAAUCUCGUACUGGUAAAGAUUGA